AUGUCGGAGACAAAGAAUAUUCAAUCCUUGGUAUUAGAUGCUGGUCCAUUGAUCACUCAACCAGCUACCACUUUACAACAAUAUGCCACUGAAUAUUAUACCACACCAGGGGUACAUAGUGAAUUAAAAGAUGAAUAUGCUAGACAACAAUUAGCAAUCUGGGGAGAUAAUUUAAAGAUAAAACAACCUAAACCUGAAUAUAUUGAGAAGACUAUAAAGUUUGCUAAAUUAACUGGUGAUUAUUCUGUUUUAUCAGUUAAUGAUUUACAUAUUAUUGCAUUAGCUUAUGAAUUAGAAGUAUUGAAUAAUGGUGAAUCAAAUUUAAGAAAAUUUCCCGGUGAAGUAUUAGAAAGUCAAAAACAAGAAAAUCAAGGUGAAAACUCUACUAGUAAUAUUGGUGAAGAUAAUGAUGGGUUUAUUGUUGCUACUAAGAGAAGAGGUGGAAGAAGACAAAGAGAAAAGGAAAGAUUAAGAAAGAAAGGUUUGUUACCAACUUUUACUCCUCAACCAAAACAAGAACAACCAAAGGAAGAACCAAAGGAAGAACCAAAGGAAGAACCAAAGGAAGAAUCAAAGGAAGAAUCAAAGGAAGUAGAAUCCAUUCAAGAAGAAUCAAGUCCAGAAGUAACAUCUCAAGAAGAACCUGUACAAGAAACACCCAAGGAAACAACUGAAGAAUUAACUGAAGAAUUUGAUGAAGAAGAUGAUGAUGGAGAAUGGAUCACCCCAGAUAAUUUACAAGAAGAAAUUUUAAAGGAUAAAAAUGAACAAGUUCAAGAUUCAGCAAUUUCAGGACCAGUUAUUAAAGUUGCAUUAGCCACUGGUGAUUUUGCAUGUCAAAAUGUAGCUAUGCAACUUGGUAUUAAAUUAUUAAAUGCCAUGUCAGGUAAACAAAUCACAAGAGUACGUAAUUAUAUGUACAGAUGUCACGCAUGUUUCAGAUUAACACCAAUGAGUAAAGAUGGUAAACCAAAACAUUUCUGUCCUAAAUGUGGUGGUAAUACAUUAUUAAGAUGUGCUGUUUCAAUUGAUAAUAAAACAGGUAAAAUCACUCCACAUUUAAAACAAAAUUUCAAUUGGAUUAGACGUGGUGAAAGAUUUUCAUUACCUUCUCCAUUAAGUAAAAAUCAACAAAAAUUACAAGGUAAUGGUGGAUUUCAACAUAAUGUACAAAAUCGUCAUAAAUCAUUACAAAAUCCAUUAUUAUUAAGAGAAGAUCAAAAGGAAUAUCAACAAGCUAUCAAGAAUGAUGAAUGGGAAAGAAGACAACAAGAUAAAAUGUUACAAGAUUGGAUUGGUGGUGGUAGUGCCGAUAAUUAUGUUUCUCCAUUUGGUGAUACUAACACUCUUAGAAAUUCUGGUGUUAAGGUUGGACGUGGUAGAUAUGCCAAUUCCUCCAAAAAGAAGAGAAAGUAG